AGAAUUUUUAACGCGCUCCUACCAGCUUUCAACAGUCUUUCUCGUCUCCUCUUUUAACUUCUACUUUUACGCUACAAAAGAUAAGGCUCUGCGCUGCUUCUUUUGGGUUCUGUAAAUACAAGCAUUCUUUUCCCUUUUCCUUUUCAUCUCAAAAAAAAAACCCUUUCCUAUUUGCAGCAAUGGCUUCUCGUGUGAACAACCUGUUGUCGCACAUCGCGAUCCGCGAUUCGGACAGCGAUGAGAUGCGCUACGUGAAGCAGCGCCUCGCCCUGGCCAGUCUCGCCUCCCAGUUCACCAUGUCGCAGGAGAAGAUGAAGCAGAUUACCAUGUACAUGAUCCACGAGAUGGUGGAGGGUCUUGAGGGCCGCGAGAGCACCAUCCGCAUGCUGCCGUCCUACGUGUACACCUCCAACCCGAACAAGGCGACCGGCGUGUACUACGCGCUGGACCUCGGUGGCACGAACUUCCGCGUGCUGCGUGUGAGCCUGCGCCACGGCAAGGUCGAUGCCCGCAUCGACUCGAAGUUUGUGAUCCCGAAGGCUGCCUUGACCGGCACCGCCACCGACCUCUUUGAUUUCAUUGCCCAGAGCGUGAAGAAGAUGAUGCUGGAGAAGGCGCCUGAAGAUAUGGAGAACCGUGUGCCCCUCGGCUUCACCUUCUCUUUCCCGUGCGAUCAGAAGUCUGUGAACAAGGGUCUGCUGAUCAAGUGGACGAAGGGCUUCUCGACGAAGGGUGUGGAAGGCCAGGAUGUGGUGGAGCUGCUGCAGACCUCGCUGCGCCGCGUGAAGAUCAACGUGAACGUGGUGGCGCUGUGCAACGACACCGUUGGUACGCUGGUGGCCCGCUACUUCGUGGACACGGACGUGCAGGUGGGCGUGAUUAUCGGCACGGGCUCGAACGCGUGCUACUUUGAGCGUGCGUCUGCCGUGACGAAGGACCCCACCGUGGCCGCCCAUGGCAACGCGAUGACGCCGAUCAACAUGGAGUGCGGUAACUUCGACUCCAAGUACAAGUUCGUCCUGCCGAUCACGCAGUACGACGAGGAUAUGGAUCAGCUGACGCCCAACCGCGAGAACCAGCGCCAGGAGAAGAUCGUCGCCGGCAUGUACCUUGGCGAGGUCGCUCGUCGCAUCAUCGUUCACUUGGCGAAGAUCGGCUGCCUGCCGCGUGAGCUGCAUGACGGUCUGUCGAAGAUGUGGUCCUUUGAGAGCAAGCACCUUGGCAUGAUUGCGGCGGAUCAAAUGCCCGGCCUGCAGUUCACUCGUCUGCUGCUUCAGAAGAUCAGCGGUGUGGAUGUGACGGAUGUCAGCGACCUGCACACGGUCCGCGAGGCGUGCUGCCUCGUGCGCAACCGUGCGGCGCAGCAGGGUGCCAUCUUCAGCGCUGCCCCGAUGCUGAAGACGCACACGCAGGGCCUCGGCACGAUCGCCGUGGACGGUUCCGUCUACGAGAAGAUGCCCUCCUUCCAGCGUCUGUACCAGGAGAACAUCUCGCGGCUGCUCGGCAAGAUGUCGAACGCGAAGGCGGUGCUGCAGAAGGACGGCAGCGGCAUCGGCGCGGCCAUGAUCUGCGCCCUCGUCGUGAACGAGCAGAAGAAGAACUAG